AUGCCAGGUGGCGGGAAUUUGUUGCGACACGAGAGAUAUAGGAAGACGCCUCGAACCCCAAGGUCGGCGCAUGCGCGAUACUAUUAUACUAGGUCUAUGGUGGUAGGACCAUCGUAUGCAUCUCGGAAACUUAAAUCUCCGAGGUCAAGAUGUCAGUCCGCUCCAAAAGUAAUGGAUAGCCACAGUAGAUCGGCGUCCCCAAGGGACCCAAUGCGGCCACAACACCGCCCCCCUUCCCCACCCUCAUCACCAGCCGCAUUCGACAACCGAGCGUACCAACACGACGAAUCCGACCCGAACCACAAUGAUUCGUUUACCUCGAACGGACCUCACCAAAAUGGACACACUAAAGAACCCAAUGGUGAUACCAAAACGCUAGAAGCAGUUAACUUAGAACUGAUAAAUCUAACGCCUAAAAAUGGGACGAAGAAGAAGGAAGUUGAAGUCGAUAUGAACGCAACAAAUCCCUACGAUGAAUACUUCGUGCCGGUCAACGAACACAGGAAAUAUAUGAGAGGAGAGAAACUUUACGUAACCGCCGACAAACGUGGCGAAAAAGGUGGCUGCAAACGGCCGCUUUGCUGGACAUUGCUCGGCCUGAUCGUCGCUGCCAUAGUAGCGCUUAUCGUUUUAGCAGCCACUGGUAUCCUCUUCACGAAUUCUCCAACUCCCCUGGAGCAAUAUAACGCUUCGGUCAGUUCCGCGCGUGCGUUUGGCGGUAUUUCGAGCGGCACCAGUCAUGAUCACGAUCAUCAUGGCCACAACCACGAUCACAGCGACCACAAUCACGAACAUGACCACGGCGACCACGAUCACCACGAGCAUGAACAAAGCUCCUCAUCACCUCCCCAGAUUGUUACUGAGAUACAAAGUGAUGAAGGACUAAAUCCCUCGAUAAUGUCAGAUGAAUCAAGUGAUAUUUCUAUGUAUGUUCCGAGAACAGUAGAAGGAGAAUUGAAGAUUGACAACGAAAACUUCGUGCCAGCGUUUGAAGAUACAGAGAGCGAAGAAUACAAAGAGUUCACAUCAACAUUCAGCGAUGCUCUCAAACAUGCCCUAUUCGACAGAAACAGUAUUGAGAAUGGAGACAAUGAAAUAAUGGUAGAAGUUGUAAAAAUAAGGCCAGGUUCAGUUAUCGUAACAUACAGAAUACAUUGGAUACCUAAACACAAUACAGAACCAACAGAAGACCUCUUAACAGCACAAAGCUUAAAAACUAAUCUUAAUAACUAUUUGGACACUAACAAUAGAAUGAUAAAUAUAUACCACGUUGCCGAGGAAGAUUUAGCAACAAAACCAGUACUUGAUUUAUGUAAAAUUAAUAAUAACGAUUGUGAAUACAAGUGUGAAUUUGAUGAUUCUGUCCUCGAUUUUACCUGCGUUUGUCCUCAUGGACAAAUCACAGAUGCCAAUUCACCCAAGAAAUGUAUGCCUGUCUUAGACAAUUCUGAACCUCGACUUCUUCCCGAAACAACCAGUCGAAGGAUUGAAAACCCUGACUCUAAUGAAAAUACAAUGAGGAGCAUUGCAAAAGAAGAAAAACCGACUAUGGAAAGUGAGGAAAAUGAAUUCGAUUGGAAGCAAAGGCAACAUUAUACUCCAGAGACAACUACUGAAACGGAGUCUGACUUAAAUUUCUCACAUUUAUUUGGUCAUGCGGAUGGAGAAACACCAAAACCGGAACCAAGCCCAGGACACGAGAUUAAUUCAACUCCUGAACCCCAGUCUUCGGAAGAAGAAUCUAAACCAGAACCCACUGUCGAUCACAAACUUGAAUCUGAAUCAGACGCGAUAGUACAAGCGGAGCCUGAACCUACAGCUGAACCAAAACCUGAACCAACAGUAGAAUCUGAACCACAAGCCGAGCCAGAACCUGAGCCCACAGCUGAGCCGAAACCUGAACCUACAGCGGAGCCUAAUGCUGAAUUAGAACCGACAGCAAAACAUGAACCUGAAUUAUCAGUAGAACCACAAGCUGAACCUGAACCUACAGCUGAACCUGAACCUACAGCUGAACCUGAACCUACAGCUGAACGUAAACCUACAGCUGAACCUGAACCGGAACCGACAGCAGAACCUAAGGCUGAACCAGAACCUGAACCCACUGUAGAACCUAAAGCAGGACUAGAACCAGAACCAAAUGCUGAACCAGAACCUGAACCCACAGCAGAACCUAAAGCUGAACCAGAACCUGGACCCACAGCAGAACCAAAAGCCGAACCAGAACCAACGUCCGAAAUAAAAUCUGAGGAAGAUACAAAAAUAGAAACUGGAUCAGAAAUAAUACAAUCUGUUCCCAUAACGGAAUCGAAUGGACCUGAGUCUGAGACGCAAUCAAAUAAUGAAUCUAACCAAACUAAUUUAGCGGACAGAAAUAUGGUAACAAUGGUCGGUGAAAAUGAACAAAAACAAAAUGAAGAAACAGAAUUGAAAACAACACCUAAACCGAUGUUUGAUCACGCUACUUUCGAUUUAGAUAGUUUAAUUGGACUUCAUACAACUCCAGAACCAUUCGUGACUCAAAAAACAGAAAUGAUAAAUGAAGAACAAGCAAGUUUUGGAAACAAAAAAAUGGUAUCGAUAAGCGACAUAAUGAGUGACAAAACAGAAAGUAAUAUGGAUGAUUCGAUAGCAACAACAAUGAGAAUUUCUAUUUCUGAACCUAAUGUUAUUAACGACCCUUCAUAUGAACCUAAUCCUGAAAUUAUUUCUAUCUUGCAACAAAAUGGAGACUUAAUGUCUACAAACGAGAAUUCGACAAACGAUGAUGAAUGGCUUGAAGCUGAUGAAAAUAGUACUACUUCAGUUCCCCAAACUACUAUGAUUAUAUCUAGCAGUGACGAAAUCAAUAACCAAAAUAAAAAAGAAAUUAGUGAUGAUCGCAUUAAUAAAUCAGAAUCGAGAUCUUCAAAAACCUUAAAUGAUUUUUCUGCUGAAACAACGACAGAAAAGACAAAGGAAAAUAUAGAUGAAGGUAUUACGUUUGAUAUGAUUAAGAGAAAUAAUGAAGUACCUAUGGAAUUAACAACUCUUAAAACAAAUAUGGAAAAUUCAGAAUCUGUUCAGCCGAAUUCAAAAGACAUGGAAGAAAAUAAUGCUGAAGAUGAGAAUAGCAAAAAUGUUGUAGAGAGUACUACAUCAGCACAUGUUUUCACUAACAAAAUCGUUGAUCAAAAUGAAGACGAUACAAAUAAUUUAAAUCAAAAUCAUAUGGAGAGUACUAUUACAACAAGUACUCAACCCAGUAACGAUAAUAUUAUUAAUGCAUCGGAAUCGCAAGGGUCCCAAAGUAUACCUUUCAAUGAAAAUGAAGAAACAGAACCAACUACUGCUGCAAUGGAUACAAUGGGUUCAAAUAACCGACAAAACAAAGAUAUGCAGGAUGAUAAGAAUCUAAUGGAUGCCUUAGAAAAAACUACCAUGUCCAGUCAAAUUUCUAAUGACAAUGAAAAUAAACAGAUAACUUUUGAUACCAUUAAUAUGCUUUAUAAUCGAUCAUCAAAAGCAAUCAUGGAAAAUAGUAUGGAAGACGUAACAGAAUCUAAUGAGGUUUUAAAAGAUUCGGCUGAAACAAGCACUGAUUCCGAUUGGUUGUCAGAAUCUGUGACCGAAGUUAGUUUGGAAGAUAUUGCAAAAAAUAAUGAUAACAGCAAAUCUACUGAACCUCCAGCGAGUAAAAUAGACGCAAUUAUGAAUCACGGUCUUGCAAAAGAUGAUUUUGAGCCUGAUUACUUAAAUAACAUGGAAUCUAACAAUAGUAAAGUAAUAGAUCAAGAUGAAAUGUUAUACGGCAUGUCUAAAGAUUAUGAAAAUGACGAUUCUAGAAUUAAGAGAAUAAAUACUCAAAAAGAUGAAUCUGAAAAAUCUGUAGAAACUUCCACGCUGAACUCUAAUACCUUUAAAACCACAACAGUAGGACAAUACAUUUACAAAAUGGCGGAAAAAACAAUAAAUGAACCUGUUACGACUCCAGAAACUUCAAUGACAACACCUCGUCCAGCUCCAGUUUGGGAGGAAACAGAAAACGGACCAAUUAUUGAUGAAAUGUCAAAAUCUGGAGUAAACGAUAGUCCUAUUGAAACCACAAACGUUAUGACAUCGACCGUGCCUACAACGACAGCUGCAUUAAAUAAACAAGACAUGGAUCAAAAUAAUCUACCUAAAAUGGCCGAUUCGAGUACUCAAAACACAACACAAGUAAACAAUUUAAACGUUACCAUAUAUGAAAUAAAUCAGAACGACAACCAAUCAUUCAUUACAUCAAAAUCUACAAAUGCCCAAUCGUCUGAAUUCGUAGAUCACGAGACUGACAUGAACCCAUUCUUGCCAGAAGUCGAAAAUAAUAAGAGCCUCGUAAAAAAACUACAGGAGGGUCAUGACAUUGAGCCAACUAAUUUGAAUGAAACUCAAAAUGAAAAUGGAGAGGACCAUAAUAUGAAUAACUCAGGCGUACCAUCUACAAACGAAUCAAAUAUAUUACCGGCUAAGGACGCUGCUGAAGAAAACGACCUAUCAGUUAUAUCAGCUCCAACAACUACCACGACCGCUAAUAUUGACGACAUAUUUAAUAAACUCUUUACCAAUAGUAACUCUCGUGUAGAUGAAUCAAUCUCUACUACUACAGAAAUAAAUAAACCAUCAACAAACUCAUUUAACUCAUAUAAUGAAGAACAAUCGAGUGAAAAAUCUGGUAGUAAAGAAGUAUUACCUAUUUCAACAUUUUUGUUAGAUACCGAUGAUUUAGAUACGACAAAAAGACCAACCGCGUCACCUGCAAAUGAUUUAAGUAAAGAAGCAGAAUUAACUAAUUCGAAAACUAUAAAAGAUAUUGAUAAUGAAUUUCUUAGCGUAGUACCGAUUGAACAGGAAAAUAACGAACUAAAAAAAAAAUUCAAUAGUGAAAGCAUUCAAGAACUCAAUUACAUUAGUGAUUCGCCCAAAAAGAGUGAUAGGAGAACAGAUGUAAAUAAUUUUGAUUCCGUCUUAAACCUUGAAGCGUAGUAUUUCGAGCACUAGUUAUGAACAAGAUAAAGUUGUACAUUAUUGUUACUCCCUUUCCUGUGAUUUUAAAAGCUAUAGAGAUACCAUUGUAAAUUGAAUCCGUUACAACUAUUCUUUUGCUAAGAUUCCAAAUGGUUCUAAGUUUUAUUAAUAAUACUAAAGAUAUUUUACCUAUAUUGAUAAAUAAUAACUUGUUUUAUUAGACUAGUCAAAUUAGAAAAAAUAAAUCAUCAACAUGAGGAUUUUAGAUUAUUUAUUGCUUCAAAUACGUGAGACAUACACGGCCAAAAAUGUAUUAUCCAUUUAUUUUUUUGUCUUCAGUAAUUGAAGGAUUUCUUUUAAAAUUGUUACCAUAGUUAAAUAUAUAUUAUAUUUUAAAUAAAAAAUCAUUGUUUUUCCAUAAUUAUUAAAUGACAAUUUUAAAUUGAUUUAUAAUUAUAUCAAGGGGAUGUUUGUUCCUAAAAUUCGUCAAUAUCUAAAUUAUAGAAACUGUGCCGUAAUGUGAUAUUUCCGAACGAUUAAGUGGCAUUCCAUUUAUCGAUUAUAUAAUUUUUAACUUAGUGAUACUUUUAGAAGUGAGGUCUGAUUGUAAAAUAAUAAUUUUUAUUACUGUAGUUCUUGUUAACUAAGAUAUAUUUUGUAUAAUAUGGUUGAAAAUGUAAAGAAGUGUUGUAAAUAAAUAUAAAGUUAAUAUUAA